AUGAACAAUGCCGAAUUGUAUCAAAAAAGUAAUACUUUACAGAAAAGGGAUGCUCUGCAGUGUCUGGAAGAAUAUGUGAAAAAAAUUAAAUGGAAAUACGAUGGUGAUAGAGUCAUUGAUAUAGGUUGCGGAGAUGGCAGUGUUACGAGUAGUAUACUGAAAAAGUUUCUUCCCUACAACUACAAGAAUCUUGUAGGCUGUGAUAUAAGCGAGAAAAUGGUGAAAUACGCUAUUGACCACCAUGCCACUGACCGUACCAACUUUUCUGUGCUCGAUAUUGAGGGAAUCUUGCCCGACGAGCUGCGAGAAAAUUUCGAUCACGCAUUUUCUUUCUACGCACUCCAUUGGAUAAAACACCAAGAGGCCGCAUUCACAAACAUCUACAGGCUGCUAGCGCAAGGAGGAGAUUGCUUACUUAUAUUUUUAGGCCACAUGCCGGUGUUCGACGUGUAUCGCAUUCUGGCGCGCAAUUCGAGGUGGAGCUACUGGCUGAAAGACGUAAAUCGAUUCGUCUCUCCCUAUCAUGACUCUCAGAAUCCCGAAAAAGAUAUCAAAAGGAUGAUGACUACAAUUGGAUUUACUGGUGUUGAAGUUCAUUGUGUAGAGAAGUCGUUCAUCUAUACAAGCGUAGAGGCCCUCAAAAAAGCUGUGAACGCAGUGAGCCCCUUCAAAAUACCAGCCGAAAUGCAGGACGGAUUCUUGGAAGACUAUGUAAAAAUAGUACGAGACAUGCAACUUAUCGAUCACGUUAACAAUAACAUCAAUCAUGUAAAUAUAAGAACAAACUAUAAUCUUCUCAUUGUCUAUGGCAAAAAGUAAUUUCUGGAUGCUUUAGAUCUGUACCUACCUCAUUAUAUGAGCACGUUCUAGUAGAGCUUUUGUGACAGAGCUUGUCGGGGGAGGUGCUACCAUCACGCUUAUUUCAGACAGAGAUGUAAUUACAUACACAUAUAGCUAAACACAUGCUCAACGCCUAAGGUUUAUGAACAGAAAGAGGGACUUUGUAGGUCGUGUUCCUUACAUGCCCUGCGAAAUGUUGCUUUAUUGUAAGGCGAUGUUUUUCCACCAUCCAUCAGUGGGCCUUAUACUUGGACCGUCAAUUAUUAUUAGGUACAAAAUGUCGUUAAAUCGUUGCGCCGAUCCCAGUUAUUGUAUCACUAACUCUCAGCUCUAAAUCCUUUUAUCCCAUGAGAGGGGAGCAAUUAAUAGGACAAGGAUGAUAAUACCCUCAUCCUGCUAAUAACAAUAAGUGACAAGUCAGAAAAAUCUUUCAUCCGAGAGUUAUCUUGGCGUGCGUUGUAUAAAGGUUAGGGGAGGAUAAGGUUUUAUGAGAUGGUUUCUCUUUAAAUGAUCUAAUAAAGACUUCUUAAAAAAACAGCAAAUCAAAGGAUCUACACCAAUAUAUCCAUGUCGCAUGCAUUCUACCCUACUUAACAGUCAUUAAUGACAAAAUAACUCUUCUGCUUGCCCUCUUGCUCUCCCUGCUAGAUUAUGUCGUCUUCAUCUACUAGGAAAAACAAGAAGGGCUUCAAGCAGAUCUUCAGUGCAUACCGAUGUAAUUUGGCUUCUAACCAGACAUUCGGGCAUGUUUUCUAUCCAUUUCUUUCACAAGCCUCCUAUAAUUGUAAGACAAUUUUAUCCCUUUGGAAGCCCACU